GCGAGGACUCCAGGGCUUGGCACAGGCAGCGGCCACAAUGAAUAACCCAAUCCCUUCAAACCUCAAAUCUGAGUCCAGAAAAGCCGCAAAGAUUCUGAAAGAAUUUACAACAAUCAGCUCUAGGAAUGGACCGGAUAAAAUCAUUCCUCCUCAUGUUAUAGCGAAAGCACAGGGCCUUGCAGUGUUGUCUGUAAUAAAGGCUGGAUUUUUGGUAACUGCCCGAGGGGGAAGUGGAAUAGUUCUAGCACGCCUGCCAGGUGGAAGGUGGUCAGCUCCUUCAGCCAUUGGCAUAGCUGGACUUGGAGGUGGAUUUGAAAUUGGGAUUGAGGUGUCUGAUUUAGUCAUUAUCCUAAACCAUGAACGGGCUGUUAGAGCUUUUGCAAAAGGUGGCAAUCUGACACUUGGAGGCAAUUUUACUGUUGCUGUUGGACCAUUAGGAAGAAAUUUGGAAGGAGAUGUGGCCAUACGAAGCUCGGCUGCUGUAUACACCUACUGCAAGUCUCGUGGACUCUUUGCUGGAAUAUCUCUUGAAGGUUCUGGUUUGAUAGAAAGAAAAGAAACCAACAGAAAGUUUUACGGUCAGGACGAUAUUCGCGCAUAUGAAAUAUUGUUUGGUGAAAUAUUUCGUCCUACCGAGGCUAAAGAACUUUAUGAAAUUCUUGACUCUUUUACGGAAAAAUAUGAAAUUGAGGAGCAGAGCGUUAACAUGAGGAAAAUGGCUAGAGAACAAAGAAAGGAAGCAAAGUCAUCCAGGCCGCGCUCCUUCCCAUCUUCAAGUGGAAAUGAUGGCCAGCUUACAAGACCUGUACACAAAGUUUACCCAGAUCUUCCUAGCCACAGUGUUCCGGACAGGAGCUCCCGAGGAGACUGCGUUGUAGCAACGGCACUUUAUCCUUUCGAAGGACAACACUCGGGCGACCUCCCCUUCCAAGCUGGAGAUAAAAUCACAGUGCUGACGAAAACCAAUUCGCAGUAUGAUUGGUGGGAGGGAAAGCUCAAAGGAAACAUUGGCAUUUUUCCAGCCAAUUAUGUUUCAGUUAACUAAUUAGUUUAAAUUAUUCUUAUCAAAUACAGGUAUGGGAUCUGUUAUCCAGAAAGCUCCGAAUUAUGCAAAGGCCGUCUCUCGUAGACUCCAUUUUAUCCAAAUAAUCCAAAUUUUUAAAAACGAUUUCCUUUUUCGCUGUAAUAAUAAAACUGUACCUUGUACUUGAUCCAAACUAAGAUAUAAUUAAUCCUUAUUCGAGGUAAAACAAUCCUAUUGAGUUUAUUUAAUGUUACAUGAUUUUCUAGUAGACUUAAGGUAUGAAGAUCCAAACUAUGGAAAGAUCCUUUAUCUGGGAAAACAUUCUGGAUAACAGGUCCCAUACCUGUAAUAUGAAUGUGUUAUACACUGUAACUGUUACGUGGCCUUUAUGUCUCACAUUGUCUUACUUUCUGUUCAUAUGUGCCAUAUAGAAAAUAUAUAUCAUUCAAUAUCAUAUAGUUAUACAGUAGAACCCCCAUUGUAUAUUUUUCAGGGGACCUAAAAAAGAAAUGGUGUAAAAUCUUAGAAAAUGAAAAAAUCAGGGAAAUGUAUUGUAUAUUGUGGAGCCACAAAAAUAUGUUGUGCAAUGAAAAAUGAAGGAAGAUUCAAAAUCAGGGGAUAUAAAAUUGAGGUUUUACUGUAUCCAUGAAGUAACAUGUAAAAAUGAUCUGAUGAAAUUGAGUGUUUGAUAUUGUUUCGUCUAUGAAAAUAUAUUUAUAUAUAAAA